CAUAUCUGAACUGACCUGUCUGUCUGCUAAAACCCCUUCGCCCCAACCUAUCUGCCGCCGCCUCCGCCGCCGCCGUAAUGGAUUCUUCUUCCACCUCCUCCCGCUCCUUUGAUCCCAACCUUGCUCGAACCAUUGAGGAAGAGAAGCAAAAGGCAAUGGUGGCCGAGCUGAUUUCGAAGAUCACAAGCUCGUGUUGGGACAAAUGCAUCACGGGCACGCCCGGAAGUAAGUUCAGCUCGAGCGAAGCAAGUUGCCUGUCCAACUGCGCCCAACGCUACCUAGACAUGAACAUCUUGCUUGUUAAGCGCUUCCAAUCUAUGAACAAGCUUUGAGUAAUUGAAGGUGUUGGCUCUCUCCAUCUCUAUUUAUAUGCUCUGUGUUCACUUGUGCUCAAGUUUUGUACUGAUAACUCCAUCCAUCAACAGCUUCUAUCUUUUCAUGACCUUAUUUGAAAGCUAUAGAGAUUCUUGCAUGAGAUGCUAAUUUCAUUUCCCUCACAGUAAUUUGGGCACAUUUUUUACCCACAGAUCAGUCACGGGUAAUGCUAUUUGUACACCAUUUUUACCCACAGAUAAGUACUUUUU